GGCCCUCCUGGCUCCGGCGGGUCUGAGGUUCCAUGGUUACAGUUCAACUUAGGGAUGACCUAUGAGUUUUUUGAAACUUCGUGCAACCGGAAAGGAGGGCUAGAAUUGCAACAGCCACCACCGUCUCCAUUGAUGGUCAUGGUGAUGUGUCUGGUUACGUUCCCAACUUGGAGGGGUUUGACUUGUACGAUUCUGGAUAUGGGGAUGGAUGGUGGUCUGGAGAACUUUUUGAGAAUCCUGGAAGGUUUGUCAUUUGGGGAGCUGAUAGCCGGAGAAGACGACUGGGGGGAUUGGUGCGACUACAAGGCCUUCUAUGUGUUAUUCUCUGGUAAGGAAUUCUUUAUGUGUAUUUUACUUAGAAAGCAACCUGGGGUCGACGGAGAAGACCACCGUACUGCUGGGGUUGGAACCGCUGGGUGCUACUUUUCGUCCGGCUACUGUCCUACUGCCCUCUAACACUACCUACCAUUGCCGUUUGGGGUCGCCGGGGUCAAGCGGGGG